AUGGAUUUUAAGAGACCCGCAAAGUAUGGCAAAAAUUAUACACCGGCGGUGCUGUCCACCGCUGUGGCCAAGGUUCAAAAUCAUGAGAUGAGCAUCAAAAAGGCUGCGAAAUAUUUCGGAAUUCCGCGUUCUACUAUUCGCUCCCGCCUUUUAAAGAAAAAUCAAGAUCAGAUCCGUGCUGGCCCGGACACUAAGUUACUAAUGAAGGAGAAAAAUGAGCUAGAGGCGUGGAUUAUUGACAUGCAGAAUCGAGGGUAUCCUAUUAUAAAAAACUGGCUGCUGGAUAGCGUAAAGCAGUUUAUGGAUGCAACACCCCGAAAGAACCGAUUUGUAAAAAACAGACCUGGACGGACAUGGCUGCAGUUAUUUUUGAAACGUCAUCCAAAAAUCACUCUACGAACUCCAGAAUUCGUAACCAGUGCAAGCGCAAAGGUAUCCUCCUCCGACAUUAUAACGUGGUUCCAAACAAUCGAAGCUUAUUUAACAUCACAAGACUGUCUCGAUAUUCUGCAGGAUCCGAGCAGGAUUAUAAAUGGCGAUGAAACGUCUUUCCAGCUAAAUUCGAAAAGCAAGAAGGUGUUUGCUUUACGGGGCAGCCAUAAUGUAAGCGAUAUCGAAAGAUCUCCCAGUAAAGUAAAUAUCACCACAAUGUUUUGCAUCUGGCGAGACGAUUCCGCCAACCAUAGUCUACGCAUAUAA